CAGAAGGAGAAGCAGCAACGGCAACUCGCGACGAUGCAGCAAGAACAAAAACACAUGCAAGGCGUAUCACUAAAAGUCCUCUUUAAAGACAGUGCUGACUUAAGCCGGGUUAUGUUCAGCAGGCAACCUGAUAUUUCAGUGAAGUCAUUAGAUGAUACCCGUGACUGCUGGCUGUCCAGUGUUGCCCACCUAACCGGGGACAGACUCCUACUGGUAGAUCGCGCUAAUUACUCAUUGAAGCUGGUGGACAGUGAGAAUAACAAGCUGGUAUCCGAAGUGAACCUGCCAGGUCAGCCGUGGGACCUGUGUCUCCUGCCCGGGGACAGGGCUGCCGUCACUUUACCUCAGGUGGAUAAGAUACAGUUCGUAUCUACUCAGGGAAAUGUCACGCUACAGCGUGCUGUUAAUGUAGCUAGAUGCUGUUGUGGAAUAGAUGUCUGUGAUGACAACUUGAUAGUGUCCUUCGCCAACCCAGGUUAUGUUGUGUUAAUGGACAUGAAGGGAAAGGUGAAGAAGAGUGUGGACAAAGACACCAGUGGAAAACCUUUGUUUGAGUAUCCCGAGUAUUUGACAGUGACCAGGGUGAGCCAGACUCCGGUCAUAUUUAUCUCAGACUGGGGCACCAACACCAUAUCCAGGCUGAGCAUCUCACUAGAGGUGGUCCAGACCUACCAAGACCCGAUACUGGACUCACCACGUUGCCUGGCAGCCCUGGGGGACAACCAGCUGCUCGUGUGUGGGAGGGACAGUAACAACAUCCUGUUACUGGACACGCUCACCGGCGAGAUAACCCAACAGCUAGGGAAGAAAGAAGGGAUAGAGAUGCCAUACAGUGUGGCUUACUGUUCACUGAGAAAGAUGAUGUUUGUCACCUGCAGUCAGUAUGCCAGACCUGAAUUGAAGAAUUUCGUGAAAGUAUUCAGCUUAGUAUAGAUCGAGUCUACCAAUUGAUAUUAGUGAAAUCUGUAUCAGGUGUGAAGUAUUUGUUAUGUUUAAAAAUAAUUCUAAUGUAUAGUAUCGUACUGAAUAUACGCUUAUACAAUGCUUAAUAUCACAUAUCGCGUAAUUUAAUUCAUUCGAAAUUAUUGGACGGAUAAAUGACUUUAAAUUAUGUUGAAUUUUUACAGUUUUCAUAAGUGACAAGUCGGGUAGUAAUUUGCUAUUAGACAUGAAUAUACGAGUAUAAGUUGGCUUCUUACCACAUAUAAACGAAGUUUAUGUAAAAUGUGUGAAUGUUUAAACAUUGUUUUGUGUAAACGAAUGAUCAAGAAUAUAGA